GAAUAAUAUAACCAAAUUGUUAAUAUUAUUAUAAAUAUUGUGAUCAAUAAAUACACAUACAAUUAAAACUAUUACAUCGAUUUGAAUGAGAUAAAUAUAUUUACUGUACUGUUUUUACAUUGGCUAUGAAAAGGCAAAAUGUUAGAACAUUGUCUUUAGUUGUUUGCACUUUUACAUAUUUGUUAAUUGGUGCUGCAGUUUUCGAUGCAUUGGAAUCUAAGGAGGAAGAAAGAAGAGAUAUAUUGCUUAAAGUAUCCUCUAAUGCACUAAAAAGAAAAUAUAAUAUGACUGAUGAGGAUUAUCGUAUGAUAGAGCUUGUUAUCAUUGAAUAUAAGCCUCAUAAAGCUGGUCCACAAUGGAAAUUUGCAGGAGCAUUUUAUUUUGCAACAGUAGUUUUAGCUAUGAUUGGCUAUGGUCAUUCAACUCCUGUUACAUCAGGAGGAAAAGCAUUUUGCAUAGGAUAUGCAGUGAUUGGAAUCCCUCUUGGUUUGGUUAUGUUUCAAAGUAUCGGUGAACGUCUCAACAAGUUUGCCUCAAUCGUAAUUAGACAAAUAAAAAAGUAUCUCAGUUGCAAAAAAAUUGAGGCUACGGAAAUGAAUUUAAUGUUCGCUACAGGAAUGUUGUCUUCUAUUAUUAUUACAACUGGAGCUGCAGUGUUUUCCCGUUAUGAAGGCUGGACAUACUUUGAUAGUUUUUAUUAUUGUUUUGUUACUCUUACCACCAUAGGUUUUGGGGAUUAUGUUGCGUUGCAGAAUGAUAAUGCACUAAUUGAGAGACCAGGAUAUGUUGCUUUGAGUUUGGUUUUCAUUCUUUUUGGCUUAGCAGUUGUUGCUGCCAGUAUUAAUCUACUUGUUCUUCGUUUCAUGACAAUGAAUGCUGAAGAUAUUCGUCGCGAAGAUCAAGAUUUGCAGUCGUCGUCUCAUCACGUUUUGACAUUAGACGGAGAAGUUAUGGCGGUAAAUGGAAAAUUAUUAUCGGGACAUCCUUUGGUGUUGGGAGGCGAAAUCGAUCAGAUGUCUGUUUGCUCUUGUAAUUGUUUAGGAUUAAAUCAUGGAGAAAACGAAGAACUGCUGUUGGACGGUAGUUAUUAUCCUUCACAUACAGUUUUAAAUUCGGGUUUAAAAAUAAAGAGAGCUUCAGUGUGACAUUUCUAGACAUGAAUUGAAAAUCUAGGAGUAUUCUAAAUUUAGAUGGAGAUUAAAAGGUAUAUGUAGAUGAGAAAAAAAUUAAUAUUAAUAUUGUUUUAAGAACCAUAUUUAAUGCUUUGUAAAUUCUUUGACACAGCAGAGGUUUAAAUAUUAGAUUGUGCAUCAAUUGCAUUAAGUAUACUUUUUUUAGAACUGCAGAAACAAAUUAAGGGAGUGAAGAAAGUUAGAAUUAAUUGUCCUAAUUCAUAAUAAUAUUGAUAUUCUAGUCAAUUUGUGUACCUAUAAAUUAUUUUGUAAGUAUCAAUUUGAUCUUUAAAAACCUGGAUUUCGUGGAUUCUAUUUCAAUUACGUUUUCAUAAAUAUAUAUAUAUAUAUAUAUAUAUAUAUAUAUAUAUAUAUAUAUAUAUUUUCAUUUCAAAGAAUAAUAUAAAUGUCUAGAAUUAAAAAACGGUAAUAGUAAUAAAUACCUAUAGGAAGUUUUUAACAUUUAACUAUGAUCAGUAUUAAAAUUUUAUGAUUAAUAGUACCGAAAAUAUUCAUAACAUUUUAUUUACAUAAAACAUUAAGGCAAUAUUGCUUUCUUUAAUCUAAAGUAUUUCUAUUUUUUUCUGAACUACUUUUUUGUAUUAUAAACAUUAUUUUUAAGGAAAGAACUUAUACACACUGUGAAUGCGAUAUAUUAUAGAUAAUUAGAAUUAGUAAAUUAAAGAUAUUUAUUUCUAGUCAUUUUAAAAUUGGUCCAAUAUUUAUUAUAUGUUUUUAUUUAUUUGUACGUUAAAUAUAUUACUUAUACAAAUAUUUUCAAGUCAUUUAUUCUGUACAUAAGUCAGGUAUUCCUUAUUCCAUUGGGCUUCCUCAAGGGAGCGUAUAGGG